AUGCAACAAAUUAAAGACCUCGAGACCCGCUUGGACCAAUUAGCAAAUGAGAACCGUGCGCUUGUCGAGGCCAAAAUGGUGGCCGAACAGCAACUCGAAGCAGUCCAUUUCGAGCACAACCGAUCGGAAAACACCAGCGGCCAGGAGUUGCAGGCUCUCUCGGCCCAGCUACGAGACCGUGAUUCCGAGAUCUCACAUCUCAAAGAACAAGUCGCGUCGUUGAUUGCAACACACGAGACAUUGCAGAGAGAGCAUGAGCAUCACCUGGCCACACUUCAGUCGGAGCGUGAGCACGAGCAAGAAUCAGCACGGGAACUCGAGGUGCUGCGUUUGCGACACACUGAGCUGUCCCAAGGAAUGGAAUCGAUUGUCAGACACGAGAUUGACACUGCACUAGCAGAGAAAGAUGCCGAGAUCCAACGAUUACGACAAGACCUUGACGCAGCCCGCGAAAAGGUGCGGGAGCUACAAUCACAGAUAUUGUCUGGAGGCGCAGACGAAGUGUUGACGGUACGGGACGAGGAUUAUUUUGACUCUGCCUGCCAGCAACUGUGCCAGCAAGUGCAGGGGUGGGUGUUGCGAUUUUCCAAAUACAGUGAUACUAGAAUGUGCCGAACCACUAACGAAGUGCGCGAUGAGAAGAUUGUGGAUCGCUUCGACAAUGCCAUCCUUGAUGGAUCCGAUGUGGACAUAUACUUGGGCGAUCGUGUAAAGCGACGUGAUGUUUUCAUGUCGGUGGUGAUGACAAUGAUCUGGGAGUAUGUCUUUACUCGAUACCUGUUCGGGAUGGAUCGAGAUCAACGUCAGAAACUCAAGCAGCUGGAGAAGAACCUGGCAGAAGUCGGCCCGGCUAGUGCAGUGCAUCAGUGGCGAGCUCUGACGUUAACGUUACUUUCGAAACGAGAGAGCUUCCAGGCUCAACGAGACAGCGAUGCGGAGGCGGUUUCCCUCGAGAUCUUCUCGACUUUGUCCAGAUUUCUUCCUCCGCCACAAAAUCUUGAGGGACAAAUUGUUGGGACAUUGCGCAAUGUCUUGCACACGGCGGUGAACUUAUCGAUUGAGAUGCGCAUACAACGGGCAGAGUACAUUAUGCUCCCACCAUUGCAGCCUGAAUAUGAUACCAACGGGGAUCUUGCACGAAAAGUAUAUUUCAAUGCAAGCUUAAUGAACGAGCGCAGUGGGGAAACGACCAGCAACGACGAAUUGGAGAAGAACCAGGCUGUUGUUCGGAUGGUUCUUUUCCCCCUGGUGGUCAAGAAAGGGGAUGAUACAGGUGUGGGAGAUGAGGAGAUCGUGGUGUGUCCGGCACAGGUACUGAUUGCGCGCCCCGACAAGGGCAAGAAGCCACGAGGGUCUAUGAGGGUGGCAAGCGGAGAUAGCAAGAGUCUCCGAGCAGUCAGCACGCACAGUCUUGGGGCGAUGAGUGGGAUAGAUACGAAUGAGAAUAUGACCUGA